CUGUCAAUCGCUAUGAAAACCAACGAAGAAGAAGCGUUCAACAACAUGUGACGUCAAACGUGCUGAAGAAGAAAACAGGAUAACGGACUUCAACGUUGUGGGAAAAACAUUAUAUUUCUAUAUUCACGGGAAUUUGUUUUCAACACGGAAACGUCUUGGUAAGGAGACCAUCAUGAGCCGUUUUAGUCAAUCUGUCCAUCACAGGACGCCAUCGUUCACCAGGGGGGCACGACAUGGAGCAGUGAAGCAGGACCUGGAACAGGAUUCAGGCUUCUCAGAUGCCAGUUCUGGGUAUCUGAGUGCAGUUGAUGGGACGGACUCUGAAGAUACAGGGAGAAAAAGGUCCACGAUCGGCCACGACGUGGCUGGAGUGCAGCUGGCUGUGAUGGGAGGCUCGUACGCUGGACUGUCUCCGAUGCUGAUUAUGAAUAACUUUGUUCUCAAACAGCCUUCGCCAGUGACUCCAGCUGAGAAAGAGUGGGGUUUUCCUUCAUCCCUCAAUGUCAUGUCUCAAUCUCCGAUGGUUCUGCUUCAACCCAUGAUGUCAAACAGCAGCACUUCACCAAAAACAGCCUCUGAAAAUGUCAAGCAAUCAAAAAGCUUCACAUCCACCGUCAAGUCAUAUCCCAGAAUCGCCCCAAAUCCUGUGACUGCGCCUUCAAAGCGGUCCUCGAGAAUGAAGAGUGCAUUUUCCGCAUAUGACCAGCGACACAGUAGACGCAAGCAAGGCAACAGGCAGCAUGGCACACCCACCACUCAGUGGGCUGCUCAGGCUCCCAGGAAGGCGAGUGUGGCCAAGUUUGAAAACACAAACAACCACUCGGCUUUGUCGGCUGAGAGCUCAGAGCAGCUCAGCGAGAAGUCUCUCUCCUCCGUGCUUGCCUGCGCAAGUUCUUGUAGGACUGAUAUAGACCCCAACUUGUCGUGUUCUGACAAUGACCAAGACGGCCUGUUGGCAGAAAGCAGCAAGUUGACGCGAUUCAGCAAUACCUACAACAUCCUUAGCAAUUGCGGCCUACUGGGCAUCACCAUGCGCACCAAGCAGUUAAUCAAGGAGAACAAGCACACGCAGGGUCAGCUGCAACUGCUGCAGGAGCAAACGGCUCUCCUGCUGGAAGCGCUAGGAAGUGGAGAUCCUCAUCUGUGGACUAAACUCCAGCUGUCUCUGCAGGACUAUGACAAGUAACAAUUCACGCAGCAUCCAUUCGAGUAGAGACAUGGUUAUACGUUUCCUCUUUCCGCCAUUGCUAACUUACAGCAUCUACAUAUGUUAAUGGGUCUCCAACCAGUAGCUCACCAAAGUCUCAAAGAAUUUUCUGUAUUUGUAAAACUGUUCAAUUCAGACAUUAUUCCCCUCUUUAUUGACAAAUUACCACAAAAUAGCACAAAGACAAUGACUACGGUUUGAGUGGAAAUGUGCAACCUAAUUAAAGUCAAAUUUAAAUGUUUCCAGUCAUGUAAAUCCCAAAAUCUGUUGUCAAAGUAGCUCUAGUAGUGAUAAAUAAAAACUGAAUUAGAAAGAAAUUAAUACUGAAAAGAAGCACAAAACGUUUUACUACAAAAUGUCAGUUGCAGAUCUAAACAUUGAGUUAAUUAUCUAGCAAAACAAGCGUAUUCUCUUUGUAUGGUUUGAAAUAGAUAUUAAAAAUAAAUGUUAUGUUGCUGAUUUUUAUUUUGUAGAAGUAGCUUUCAGGAUAAGAUAAGUUGGAGACUCCUAGUCUGUGGUGAACGGUACAAGCACGGCACAACACGCACAAUAACAGAUGUCACCAAAGUUUAGUCUACCAAGAAUUGUGUGGGAUCUCUUACUUAAAGUAACGCUUGAAAAAAGGGACAUUGUUUAUAUGUUUUUAUUGAAUGAAUUUUCUGAAAAUAAUCUUAUCUCAACGCUAGUCACCUUAAAUUAAUGGAAGGCUUACAUUGUAAACUAUAGCAUUUAAAUGGCAAAAUAUUGUAGCAGCCGUACACUGAACACUUGAAAGACAUUAAAUGCAGUCACAAAAAAGAUAAUACAAGAAUUCAAUGAAGCGAUACAAAAAAGAACUAUGCUUUUUUAUCAGUGUCCAUUUCAUAGUAGAAGAUCCAUUCACAUGUUCAAAUACAUCAUCUUUGAUGAUGUUUACGGUGUUUGUGCGGCUUGGACUGAACAUGUGGCCAAAGUUGAUUUUGAUUUAUUUAACAUUUUUUAAGAGUUUAGCAAUUUUUAACUUCACUUUCUUUUUGUCUUACGCACUACCACAAGUAGAGACUGCUCACGCUUAGGAGACAUAAUGAAGUGCAAAAAGUCAGCUCAGCAACGUUGUCCCUUCUAUUUGUAGCUGCAGUUGUGAAACAGGCUAGUGUCUUCUUCCACUGCACACUGUAACUAGUUCUUAAUUGAAUCUAUUGUUUACGGCCCAAAAUUAAGUUUUUACUUAGGUUAAAAAUUCAGUUCUAACUUAAUUUAUCUGAGAGUGUUAGUAACGACGAAACGUACCGCAAAAUGACCACAUUUAUACAAAUAAUUAGUAGUUUCCUCUUUAACUUUACAUAAGUGAUACAUUUGUCAUAAUGCAACAAAAACUAGGAUAGGCUCAUGUAC